AUGCUCUGUCCAAGAGGCCAUGCCACAACUUCCGAAGGAAAGAAGCUGCGCCUCUUUUCCAGGUACGACUGCGAUGUUUGUCAUCAAAAAGUGUCGGAACGAGGUGGAAUGUACCACAAGUGCAUGGCCGGCUGUGACUUUCGCGUGUGUGGAAUGUGCAAGAAAGAGGCGGAGAAGAGCAACUACUUUGUCGAACCCUGCACUUUUGCAUUUCCAAGUGGCCUUGGGCCCUUUGAGAUUCGGCGCACCCGCUUGCAGUCCCAUGAUUUGAUUGCUCUACGCCGUGCCAAUGUGGGGGAUUGGGCUUUGGGGGAGACCUUUUUCCAAAGCGCUCCAAGCCUUCGGAAGUGCUGGGGUGCAUUAUUGCAGAACGGAGUAGUCGUGGAGGGUCCAGGUGGCCAAAGAUAUAUUUCUGUUCAAAUGUCACCAAUCGCGACUGUGCGCCUCUCCUUGGAAGUGCGCGAGGCGAACAAGAUCCCCGAUGUUCCUGGGGUCAUGGUGGCGUGGAUGUAUGCUUUGCAGCUUGAGUGGUCUAUGAUUCUCAGCAUGAUGGAUGAGAAUCAAGAUGAUGCCUCUGCCGAGUGGUCUUUCCUCAAGCUGGGGGGCCUAGUUUACUUUCAGCAAAAGGAGGACCAACGAUCUUUCCAGGUGCUUUGUGCAAACUCGAUUGCUUUUCAUCCACGUGGUUGCAUGCAGUUCUCUGCUGCCCAGCCAUGGUGCUCCGAGUGGACGCAAAAAUUGUCCCGCAGAUUUCACAAGGUCACAGCACAAAAGUGGGCAAGUGCCGGUGCUCGUUAUGUUUGUUGGGUUUGUCCCGAAGAGAAGAUCUUGAGACCCGGUGCUCGCAACGGUGGCUUCGCAUUUCUCUUCCAUGAGCUCGAUGAAGAAGAUGUGGCGGGUCAAGACCGUUUUUUUGAGGUUGUGGGCAAGCCUCUCCGCCAAGGUCACGGCUAUCAAGGCCCACAAACAUCACAAGUCCAGCACGUGGAAUCCAUGGAAUCCCAAACAGCCUUGUCCUACCGAGUGGUGGGGGAAGUGCCAGUGACCUCGAGACAUAUGGAGGCAAGCCAACGGCGUUGCUUUAAAGCUGCCAGUGGUGGACGUUGGGCAUUGUUGGCACACGUCCUCUCUGAACUCCCACAGCUGGCAACUGCAGUGAAUGAAGAAGGUCAAACUGUGCUCCAUUGCAUUGCCUUGGGAAGGCCAAAGACGCGCCGCGCUGCUGAACUGCUUCGCAUUGUGCAUGCACAUCACGGAGACCUAGAGGCACGAGACCAUCAGGGACAGAGAGCUUAUGAUCUUGGUGAUUUGGUCUUCAAAGCUCAAGCCUGCGAAAUCUGGGGACUAUCCCCAGACCUUUUUGCAGACCCUGAGGUGUGGUUCGAUUAUUGGGAUGUGAACAAGGAUGGCCACUUGUCACCAGAAGAGUUAAUCCCUGCCUUGACUGCAGCCUAUGAAGUUGGUGAUCUCGGCAAGCAGUGGAUUGAAAGCUAUGUGAACACUCACUAUCGCGAGAUGGCCGCGCUGGACCCUAAUGCCCUUUUGACAAAGAGUGCAUUUCUGGGAAAUGAUGGACUCUUGCACAAGCUGCAAUCCAGUGAAGAGUUUAUCAGUUUGCGUGGUCAAGAGGACAGCCCUCGCAUGAACAUGCCGGCUCUUUUUCGCACAGAAGGUCGAAAAAAACCUACAGCCGCGGACAAAGAGGCAGUAAAUGUGUUCAGCGCCAGGCUUGAGGAACUGCGGAAAAAAUUUGGCUGGGAACACGGGAAAUCAGCUCCAUCAUGUUCUCGAUUGCUAGAGCUGCCACCGCCAUAUCCUGGUGGAGACAUUGACCCCGAGCGUCGUUUGAAGGCAGCGCAACGAAUGCUGGCAGUUUCUUUUGCGAAGACCACUGCCCGAAGUGGCAAGGAAUGGUUGCAAGGCUUCACCAUACAGUUCACCGGCGAUGAUGCAGGGAUUGACCAUGGCGGCCUUACAAAGGCUUGGGUUCAAGAGGUUGGGUACGCGCUGUGGGGCAGUGAUGCCUUUUUUGAUACAACAGCUGCAGGAAGUCUUUUCAAACCCGAUAGUGCAACCGACGUGCUUUUGCACUGCUUUCAUGUGCCCUCUGAAUCUUUGUACAGAUGGCUUGGCCGCUUUCUAGCAUAUGCUCUCUACCAGCAGUGUGUGUUGGAUUGCGCUCUCAGUCCAUGGGCACUCCGCUGGCUGAUACGUGUUAUUGAGACGCAAGCAGCCGCACCAGCCCUACUCAGACAAGCAGCAGGGUCCUGGCGUCGUGAUGGCAGCGAUGAUUGCAAAAUUGCAAGCAUUUCUGGAUCCGUGCUUUUGUCCCACAUGGAUGCGAGUGGCCUUCCACCAGAAACUCCCCUCCGGGUUUCAGGUCAACACAUUGAGGCAGACUUUGACGGUGAAACUGUCAGGGCUACCCUUUCUGAUGGCCAACUCCACUGGAGUGAUGGAGAUCUUUGGGUGAGAUGUUCUGAAAGCUCCAUGUUGCCCGUGUGGGAACAAACACCCACCGGGGAUGAUCAACUUCUAGAGGACCUGGCGACGAUGGACCCGGCCAUGGCCAACAGCCUGUGGCGUGUGCGGCAUGAGAUGCUGGAGGAGGAUUUGCAGUGGCUCACGUUUUCAUAUGGCGGCCGAGAGCUUGUUCCAGGUGGAGAUGAUAUAGAUGUAAGCGCCGAAAAUCGAGCGGAAUAUGUCCGAUUAUGUUGCAAGGCCGCCCUGUUGUACACUUCCCAGAGAGCUUUCCAAGCCUUCAGUGAUGGAUUCUUUGAGGUCAUUCCCCCAGAGAUGUUCCUGGGUGCUCCGGUUGACAUUUUUCAAUGGCUUUUGCUGGGUAACGCCCAGAUUUCGGACGCACAGAUGAGCAAGCUGGAGCAAAUCAUUAUUCCGGAAGGCUUGGUGCCCAAACAUCUCAAGGAUCAAGCAGAGGUUCGAGAUUCAGCUCGAUGGGUCUUUGACAUCAUUCACAGGUCCGAUGACAACUUCAGGUCUCGGCUCUUCGAAUUUUGGACGGGCAACGGGCGCCUUCCUCUGGGAGGUGUCGAGGCUAUUGAGCCGAAACCACGGUUGCAGGUCAUGGUCUCUCAGGAGAAGCAAUAUAUUCCCGUGGACUAUGUUUGGGAGGUCCAGAUUCCUGGCGGCUGGCGAGCAUACGGCCAACAAAUGUGUGGCAAUUUGAACAAUAUGCUUGAAGCUGGCCUCAGGAUGUGCGAGUUCCAAAUGGGCCCUAAUAAGAUCGUGAUUGACCUUGGAGCUGGGCUACAGAUUAAUAGCCGCACCAAUGAGCGACGCCGCAUUCGGCGCCGGCCGCUUCAGCAGCCACAGCCAGAUAGCCUUCCAGUGAUUGUGAAGAGGACAAGCCGACAGUGGUUGUUUGAUGCAUAUCUGUUCAUAUGCGACUUGCCUGUCACCAUUCAUCGCUGUUGGAUACUUGAGUCAGAGAGGAAGCUUAGUUUGACGUGGCCAACCAUGGACCAUCUACACGGGUCCAUAAACCUGACCAAAGCCCACACUCCACUUCUAGACAUUGCGCAUUCAAUGAUGUUCAUAAGGGGUGUGUGUGUGUGUGUGUCAGUGUUUGUAGGUCUUUGUGUCUUGCACCUUGAGAGCAGAUUCCCAGGCUAUGGUGUGGAACUCCCAUGGCUUUUUCCACUUCACUCUUUGGGGCUACCUGGAAGCACUUUUGAACCACAAUCAGUUUUUUCACCUUUGUUUCAACAUUACUUGUCUUUCUUCCUCUCUCCUCUCUCUUUUUUUUUGGGGGAAGUGCUCGAAAUCGACCUUUGCCAGGACUCAGAUUCUGCCUGGUGUCUCGCUUCGCCCUCGGAAGCAUGA